AUGGACAGUCGCUCGGGGAGACUUUUCAAAAUUCAACCCGUGCUGGAUUAUUUCCUGCAUAAAUUCAGAACAAUAUACAAACCAAAGCAACAGUUGUCCUUGGACGAGGGAAUGAUCCCAUGGAGAGGAUGGCUAAGGUUUCGCACGUACAACCCAGCAAAACUGAUAAAAUAUGGUUUACUUGUACGGAUGGUGUGCGAGAGUGACACCGGCUACAUAUGCAAUAUGGACAUAUACACUGCUGAAGGAAAAAAAUUGGAGCAAACUAUUUUUUUAGUUCUUGUUCCCUAUCUUGGCAUAUGGCACCAUAUUUACCAAGAUAAUUAUUAUAAUAGUACAUCUACUGCUGAAUUGCUGCUCCAAAACAGAACUAGAGUAUGUGGGACUAUUAGAGAGAGCAGAGGCUUACCGCCAAAUUUGAAAAUAAAAACAUCAACGAUGAAGAAAGGCGAUAUAAUAUUUUCUAGAAAAAGUGAAAUUUUCUCCUCGCAUGGAAAGACAAGCGGAUUAUCAGAAUGA